AUGGACCUGCUUAUCGACACGUACUCCAACUGCUCCAACGACAUUGAAGUUCUCAUCUACGCCUCCGACACCGGAUGCCUUCCAGCCCAUUCGCCAGCCAAGACCUCGUACGACCCAUCAAGAUACGUUUCAUUGAUGAACCCCUGCCUCUGGAUUUACGCCUCGAUCGUCUCAUCAACGAUGCUCAGAAGACAGGCGUUUUCUCGUGUGGUGACUAGCGGAGGUUGGCUACGAGGUAGACCGCGGCGAUGGGCCGGACAAACAGUCAAAGAAGGGUACGACGUCGAAGAGGAGAAUAGGAGCUACAGGUGUUAUGUCAAUCCAGGAACGUGUCGACCAAUUCUUCGCGGGCAUGAAGAAUCCUGCACGCAGAAAGGCAUGGCGGAUGAAAUCGACGUGGCACUUACCAAAAUUCGGAUGCGGAGACACACCUCCAUCGAGCAACUUGUAGUGUCUCUAGUCGAGCAUUCGGAGCUGGACGUCAUCCCCAAGCUCGUCAUCCACGAGACGAGGACACGUUGCCACCGACUACCUCCCUCAUUGACAUUGUGCAUUGGCCUCAUCGCUCCGCGCUAUGCCCGCCCAAGAUCCCCGGCUGCUCCGGUGGCUGCUGCGGUAACCCACUCUCUGAACGAGGCAGACCUAGUCUCGUUGCCCACAGGCGACUCGGAGUAG